AUGCCACCGAAUCUGGCUUCCGCGGCGCCGGAGCUGCGCAGUCCGGAGUUCCGCGCGGCCUCCAUCCCUGGGCUGCUUGGCGGGCUAGAAGGAAGACACCCCCGCGGAGGCAACUCGUCCUCCACACAGGGGGCACGCUGCUCCCAACAGAGUCGCGGCACGUCGCGCUCGGAUCUUCCCGAAGAGCGAGCCGAAGAGGUCCGCAGCCACUACGAGGUGCUCGGGGUGCCGUCCGACGCGUCUCAGGAGGAAAUUCGGCGCAUUUAUUACGGUCUUUGCAAAGUUUAUCACCCUGACAAAUCCUCGAGCAGCGUCUAUGCGGGGCGGCUGUGCGCCAUCCAGCAGGCUUACACCGUUCUCAGCGACGAGACGAAACGGCUCCUGUACGAUAUCCGCAUCGGCAUCUACAAGGGCAAAGACAAAUGGACAAAAGUCGCAGAAGUUUACCAAAUUCAGCGGAAGCGCGCGGCCCGCGACAUCGAGAACAUGCGCAUCGACUAUCAGAACAAGUUGGAUCAGGAGCGCAAAGUGGGCGGACUCGUCAUUCGGAAGGCGCUCUACGGGAAUCUGCGGCUGAGGCGCGCGCUGCUUGAGCAGGAUUAUAAGGGCCCGAUUAAGGAAGGCUGCCUGGAAGGCCCCUUCCUCGACGUCACAAUUCCUCUGCAGUGCCAAGUCGACAAUUCGCGAUUCAUUUUCCCUGGAGGAUCGGGGUCGUCCAUGGAGCUGCUCAACGGAUUCUACAACCCGGCCCCCUGCGUUCGCGAGCACGACAUCUGCCUCUAUGUCCUCUACGAGUUUAAGGGCGCCUUCCACGAGGUGACCGUCUGCGACCGAUCCUACUUGGCGAUUCCUCUGAAAGGCCACCGGGUGUCUCCGGCGAUUGGGCCCCGCGGGCCUUACGCACCCUCGAACGUUCAGCCCCUGCGCACGCAGUCUCCGGCGGAUGGCAAGGCGAGCCCGCGGACGCAGCGGACGCAUCCUGGUUUCGGCUCGUCGAGGAACUCGCAUACACUCAGCGAAACAACGAAGCGUGAGCGCGCGCUGCGCGAGGCGCAGGACAUGCGCGACCGCAGACUCCGCAGUCUGCUGCUGUGGGCCUCGAGCCUCUGCCUGUACGCGUGUGCGUAUGACAAAGCGAGCGUGACAGACGCGCUGUCCACGGCCGUCGGCGAGCGCGCAGCUGCGCGCUGUUCAGUUUUCUUUCCGCCGACUUUGUCGCCCGAAAGUCAGCGCGCGUGGCUGCGGAUUCUUCACUUCGGCUUCCUGUCUGAAAUGUGGCCGUUUUCGGCCGUCCGGAGCUAG